CGUCAACCCGUUUUCAUUGAUUGGCUACCAGGCUAUCUUAACCACCUUUCCCUCGUUGCUAGCAGUGUGGCGCUAGCUCAUCCCUAACAUUCGAAUUGUGUUUUUCCUAUCGUGAAAAACGAAUUGCUAUAGUUGUUUAAUUCUUGUAAGAUUGUCCCUUUUCUGUGCAGUAAUGCAGUUUUUGCUGCUGCUCCAGGUGUGCCUGCUGGGACUUGGAUUAAUCACAUGUCGGAGGAGGUGUAAAUGCAAUGCUGGAAGCAGACCCGUUGCUGGAAGCCGACGCAUUGAGUGCAUCAGAGAGUGCCAGCUGGUCAAUGUUGUGUGUGAGAAGUUGGAAGUGGAGGAUGGCGUGCAAAAAUGUCAUCCUGUUGAUCCCUGCAAAGCUGCCAAGUGUCAAGUCAAAGAGAAGUGCCGUGUUGAGAAUGGUGAAGCUGUGUGCGUCCCAGAGGCCACAGGCACAUGCUGGGCUUUGGGGGACCCCCACUACCACACAUUUGAUGGUUUUAACUUUAACUUCCAAGGCACUUGCAAGUACGUCAUUUCCAAGACUUGCGGGAACCUGGAUGGUCUAGUGCCGUUCUCGGUCACUGAGAGGAAUGAUAAUCGUGGAAACACUGCAGUUUCUUUUGUCAGGGAGGUUGACGUUUCUGUGUAUGGGUACAACAUCAUUCUCCUCAAGAACCAAGUUGGUCGGGUCAUGGUGGACGGGGUGCUGCUGAACCUUCCUGUACAGCUGGGCGAGGAACAGGGUAAGGUGUCAGUGUCUCAGCGUGGUCACACUGCAGUGAUAGAGACAGACUUUGGUUUGUCCGUCUCCUACGACUGGAACUCGGAGCUGGUCAUCAAGCUGCCCAGCAGCUACUACACCAGUGUCUGUGGUCUGUGUGGCAACUUCAACGGUAACAAUGGUGAUGAGCUCCAGAAUCCAGCCGGCAAAGCUGUCUCUUCAGUGAAAGAUUGGGGCAAGAGCUGGCAAACACCAGACAAGGACGAGAAGCUUCCCUGCUGGGACACGUGUGAGAAAAACUGUCCUACAUGUGACGGCAACCAGAAAAAGCUCUAUGAGACUGAUGCUUUCUGUGGGGGCCUUGUAGCCAAGACCAAUAACGUGUUUAAGCCAUGUCAUGGAAAAUUGGACCCCCAGGCCUUCAUGAACAACUGUGUGUAUGAUAUGUGUUUGAAUAAGGGAGACAAAAAGAUGCUGUGCCAGGCCUUGGCCUCGUACAGUCGGCAGUGUCGUGGGGAAGGAAUAAUAAUCAAGGACUGGAGGGAAAAGUUUGGCUGCCCAAUGAGCUGUCAGCGUCACAGCCACUAUGAAAUCUGCACCAGCCCAUGCCAGCCAUCCUGCCCAUUCCCUGAUCAGAAGUCUCCCUGCCCUGGUGCCUGUGUGGAGGCCUGUGUCUGUGAUAAGGGUUACGUCCUCAGCGCUGGCGUCUGUGUGCCUGCUAAAAGUUGUGGUUGUGUGUGUGCCAGGCCUCUGGGGUGGUGAACUGUGAGAAGCUGACCUGUGCCAGUGGAGAGGUUUGUGGUGUAAGAGAUGGCGUCAGGGGCUGCCACGUCAAACAGGGCCACUGCAGCAUCAGCCAAGUUGGCCUCCUCACCUCCUUUGAUGGCAUGUCUGGAGCGAUGGGAGCUCAAGGGGUAUUUGUAGAGGCGUCUCUGUGUGACGAGACCAACGAGAUGUGGUUCUCCGUGGUUAUGGAUGCCAGGGCCUGCAGCACUGUCGACACCUUGUAUGUUUUCUUUAAGGAAACGGCUGUCACAGUUAACAGCCAACAUGUGACCUGGGUAAAUGGCAGGAAAGUGUCUCUUCCCAGCAAAGUGACGAGUGACAUAUCUGUCCACAUCUCAGAGAAGACUGUGAUCAUUGAGAAGGCAUCUGCUGUACGGCUCACCUACUCACUUUCAAAGGAGGUCACAGUCAUUAUUGACAGUAGCCUCUCUGGUCAAAUGUGCGGCGCCUGUGGCAACUACAACGACAACUCCAAAGAUGAUAUGAGAACUGCAGAUGGGAAAAUCACCACUGAUGUGUCUGUUGUCGUUGGCUCCUGGAGCGCCAGGGACUUUUCUAGAUGUGGUCUGUAGAGGGGUUGGUUCUGCGGUGGUGGAAAGCAUCUGGUAUACAGGAUGAAGAAUUUGAAGUCAUUUGGCAAAGGUUCCUUGUUUUUAAGCUGGUUUCUACUCAUCAUACUUCACUACUUCCUUUUGAUUCAUGAAAUGAUAGUGGUUGUUUACUGGCCGUCUGCUCCGCUGUUGUUCACUUUUGGUUUAGAACAUUUUUGCUCAAUCCUGACCAACAUCUCCAUCUAGCGGAAGAGAAAAUGAUAGCAUCUAUUUUCCAUGGAACAACUGUCUUGUUAAACUGUCCUUGCCUUGUUUGAAAACAAUUAUUUUACAAUGUGUUUUCUUACUGGAACGACCAAUAAAUACAUUUUCAUUACAC